UGCAUUGUGCUCUUCCUAUUUUUGUCUUCCUUCUCCAACCCCCACCCUUCUCUCUAGCUCGGCGGAGCAUACGAGGCGUCCAUCUUCGAUUUCAGGUCUCCUUAAGUGCCUUUGCACAUCAUGGCUACAGGACAACUAUUCUCCCGGACUACACAAGCAUUAUUCUACAACUACAAGCAACUUCCUAUCCAACGGAUGCUUGAUUUUGACUUCCUUUGUGGACGUGAAACACCUUCUGUUGCUGGGAUUAUCAACCCUGGUUCGGAGGGAUUUCAGAAACUCUUUUUUGGUCAAGAGGAAAUCGCCAUACCCGUACAUUCAACCAUUGAAGCUGCUUCUGCCGCACAUCCAACUGCUGAUGUAUUUAUUAACUUUGCAUCUUUUAGAAGUGCUGCUGCUUCCUCCAUGACUGCUUUGAAACAGCCAACCAUUAGAGUUGUCGCUAUAAUAGCUGAAGGUGUUCCAGAAGCAGAUACCAAGCAAUUGAUUGCCUAUGCAAGGGCAAAUAAUAAGGUUGUUAUUGGUCCAGCAACGGUAGGUGGUAUUCAAGCUGGGGCCUUCAAGAUUGGAGAUACUGCUGGCACUAUUGACAAUAUAAUUCAAUGCAAGCUUUACCGCCCUGGAUCUGUUGGAUUUGUGUCAAAAUCGGGUGGCAUGUCUAAUGAAAUGUACAACACAAUUGCACGUGUGACAGAUGGAAUAUAUGAAGGUAUCGCAAUUGGAGGAGAUGUGUUCCCAGGCUCAACCCUCUCUGAUCAUGUCAUACGGUUUAAUUACAUCCCACAGGUCAAAAUGAUAGUUGUUCUUGGGGAACUUGGUGGGCGAGAUGAGUACUCCCUGAUUGAAGCCCUAAAACAAGGAAAGGUCAACAAACCAGUGGUUGCCUGGGUUAGCGGAACCUGUGCACGUCUCUUCAAAUCCGAAGUGCAAUUUGGUCACGCUGGUGCCAAAAGUGGUGGUGAGAUGGAGUCUGCACAAGCAAAAAAUCAAGCGUUAAGGGAAGCGGGAGCUACUGUCCCAACUUCGUACGAAGCAUUGGAGGCUGCCAUUAAAGAGACAUUUGAGAAAAUUGUUGAAGAGGGUAAGAUUACACCAGUGAAAGAAAUUAUACCCCCUCAGAUUCCUGAAGAUCUCAACACAGCAAUUAAAAGUGGGAAAGUUCGGGCUCCCACUCAUAUUAUUUCUACCAUCUCUGAUGAUAGAGGUGAAGAACCAUGUUAUGGUGGUGUGCCAAUGUCCUCCAUUGUUGAACAGGGUUAUGGUGUGGGUGAUGUUAUCUCUCUUUUGUGGUUCAAACGCAGUCUUCCCCGUUAUUGCACUCAGUUUAUUGAGAUAUGUAUCAUGUUAUGCGCGGAUCAUGGUCCUUGUGUCUCUGGUGCCCACAACACAAUAGUUACAGCUAGGGCUGGAAAGGAUCUAGUUUCCAGUCUGGUCUCAGGGUUGCUUACCAUUGGUCCCCGAUUUGGUGGUGCCAUCGAUGAUGCUGCUCGAUACUUCAAGGAUGCAUAUGACAGGGGUCUUUCACCUUACGAGUUUGUUGAAAGCAUGAAAAAGAAGGGCAUCCGUGUACCAGGAAUUGGACACAGGAUAAAGAGGGGAGACAACAGAGAUAAAAGAGUAGAGCUACUUCAAAAGUUUGCACGCACACAUUUUCCUUCUGUCAAGUACAUGGAAUAUGCUGUUCAAGUAGAAACCUACACCCUGUCAAAGGCAAAUAACCUUGUCCUCAAUGUCGAUGGUGCGAUUGGUUCUCUUUUCUUGGAUCUUCUAGCUGGCAGUGGAAUGUUCACCAAACCAGAGAUUGACGAAAUCAUUGAAAUUGGAUAUCUGAAUGGGCUUUUUGUGUUGGCACGCUCUAUUGGUCUCAUUGGGCAUACGUUCGACCAGAAGAGAUUGAAGCAGCCUCUCUACCGUCACCCAUGGGAGGAUGUUCUCUACACCAAGUGAUCAGUUUUCAGAUGGCAGGGUCAAGACAGCAGGCUUUGAGCAAAUUUUCUUUUUUAGUUUUUUUCUGCUGCAAUAUUUCUUUGGGAGAAUGUCAAAAGCUGGAGGCAUUAGACUGGUGUGCAUUCUGUCAAUCACUGGCUGCACACCUAUCAUUUACUAGGUCCAUUAAUUCUCGAUUUUUAUUUAUGUAUUUAGGUUCCUCAAAAGAAUUUAUGGUUUCUAGUUUUGUG